AUAGCGCCCCGCCCGGGUGUUGUUUCAGCCAAUGGGGACGUGGCACCAGCAGCCUUCUACCCAAUCAGCCAUCGCUCCUCCCUUUCUCCUCUGCUCCGCCCCUUCGCUCUCCCUUUGGCUCCACCGAGCUUGACCGAGCGGAAAGUCCCUUCAGCCAGCACCGCGCCAGCAGUCAUUGGAGGAAGGUCUGUUCCAGGAAGACCCAAUCGGAGCGCGCGCAGGGACAGAUCUCUGGAUGUUAUUGGCUAGCACGGCCUCUACCCUCUCCGCCUCCGCUCCUCCCUCCCCGCGGGCGGUCCGGAGGCGGGGCAGGUGGGGGCGGGCCCAGGUAGCAGGUUCGGCUGCACGGCGGCCCGCGCGCUUGAGCAGUGAGCCCCUAUGCCAUGGAUUCUGAACUGGCUUAUAAUAUCUGGCAUGGAAUCCUUUAAGCAGAGCAGACUUCAAAUCCGAUAGAGUAUGGUUGCUUGAUCCCAUCACAGUCCUGCCACUAGUGGCUCCUGCUGGGCACUUUGAAUUGCUGUCUUUUUACAACAUGGAUACCAGGUUGCUAAAAUCUUGCUUUGGGAUUUACAGUGAGUUCAUUUUUUGGAUUUCAUGACAGAUUUACUAGUGGUUCCUUUUUGCCAGUUAAUGUUCUGAAAGUUACUCUCACAAUGAGUUCAGGCCUGUGGAGCCAAGAGAAAGUUACUUCACCCUACUGGGAAGAACGGAUUUUUUAUCUGCUUCUUCAAGAAUGUAGUGUAACAGACAAACAAACACAGAAACUCCUGAAAGUACCCAAAGGGAGUAUAGGACAGUACAUCCAAGACCGUUCUAUGGGGCAUUCAAGAGCUCCUGCUGUGAAAGGCAAGAAAAAUCAGAUUGGAUUAAAAAUCUUAGAGCAACCGCAUACAAUUCUGUUUGUUGAUGAAAAGGAUGUUGUAGAAAUAAAUGAAAAAUUCACAGAGUUACUGUUGGCAAUUACCAACUGUGAGGAGAGGCUCAGCUUAUUUAGAAACAGACUCCGACUAAGUAAAGGCCUCCAGGUAGACGUGGGCAGUCCUGUGAAAGUACAGCUGCGAUCUGGGGAAGAGAAAUUUCCAGGAGUUGUACGCUUCAGAGGACCUUUAUUAGCAGAGAGGACGGUGUCGGGGAUUUUCUUUGGAGUAGAAUUACUGGAAGAAGGUCGUGGUCAAGGUUUCACGGAUGGGGUCUAUCAAGGAAAGCAGCUUUUCCAGUGUGAUGAGGACUGUGGCGUGUUUGUUGCAUUGGACAAACUAGAACUUAUAGAAGAUGAUGACAAUGGAUUAGAAAGUGAUUUUGCAGGCCCAGGAGAUACAAUGCAUGUUGAACCUCCCCCUUUGGAAAUAAACUCCAGAGUUUCUUUGAAGGUUGGAGAAAGUAUAGAAUCUGGAACAGUAAUAUUCUGUGAUGUUUUACCAGGAAAAGAGAGUCUAGGAUAUUUUGUUGGUGUGGACAUGGAUAACCCUAUUGGCAACUGGGAUGGACGGUUUGAUGGAGUACAGCUUUGUAGUUUUGCAAGUGUUGAAAGUACAAUUCUUCUGCACAUCAAUGACAUCAUCCCAGCUUUAUCAGAUAGCGUGACACAGGAAAGGAGGCCUCCCAAACUUGCCUUUAUGUCAAGAGGUGUAGGUGACAAAGGUUCAUCUAGUCAUAAUAAACCAAAGGUUACAGGAUCUACCUCAGACCCUGGAAGUAGAAACAGAUCUGAAUUAUUUUAUACCUUAAAUGGGUCAUCUGUUGACUCACAACAAUCCAAGUCCAAAAAUCCAUGGUACAUUGAUGAAGUUGCAGAAGACCCUGCAAAGUCACUUACAGAGAUGUCUUCAGACUUCGGACAUUCAUCACCUCCACCGCAACCUCCUUCCAUGAACUCCUUGUCUAGCGAGAACAGAUUUCACUCCUUACCCUUCAGCCUGACAAAGAUGCCCAAUACUAAUGGCAGCAUGGCUCAUAGUCCACUCUCUCUGUCAGUGCAGUCUGUGAUGGGGGAGCUGAACAGCACACCUGUCCAGGAGAGUCCACCCUUGCCCAUCUCUUCUGGGAAUGCACACGGGUUAGAGGUGGGCUCACUGGCUGAAGUAAAAGAGAACCCUCCGUUCUAUGGGGUUAUCCGUUGGAUUGGCCAGCCACCAGGGCUCAGUGACGUGCUAGCUGGACUGGAACUGGAAGAUGAAUGCGCAGGCUGUACAGAUGGAACUUUCAGGGGCACGCGCUAUUUCACGUGUGCCCUGAAGAAGGCACUGUUUGUGAAACUGAAGAGCUGCAGACCGGACUCUAGGUUUGCAUCCUUGCAGCCUGUUUCCAAUCAGAUUGAAAGGUGUAACUCUUUAGCAUUUGGGGGCUACUUAAGUGAAGUAGUAGAAGAAAAUACUCCACCUAAAAUGGAAAAGGAAGGUUUAGAGAUAAUGAUUGGAAAAAAGAAAGGCAUCCAGGGCCACUACAAUUCUUGUUACCUAGACUCAACUUUAUUCUGCUUAUUUGCUUUUAGUUCUGCCCUGGACACUGUAUUACUUAGACCCAAAGAGAAGAAUGAUGUAGAGUAUUACAGUGAGACUCAAGAGCUACUAAGGACAGAGAUAGUCAAUCCUCUGAGAAUAUAUGGAUAUGUGUGUGCUACAAAGAUUAUGAAACUGAGGAAAAUACUUGAAAAAGUUGAGGCUGCAUCAGGAUUUACCUCUGAAGAAAAAGAUCCUGAAGAAUUUCUAAAUAUCCUGUUUCAUGAUAUUUUAAGGGUUGAACCAUUGUUAAAAAUAAGAUCAGCAGGUCAAAAAGUUCAAGACUGUAACUUCUAUCAAAUAUUUAUGGAAAAAAAUGAGAAAGUUGGAGUACCCACAAUUCAGCAGUUAUUAGAAUGGUCUUUUAUCAACAGCAACCUGAAAUUUGCAGAGGCACCAUCAUGCCUGAUUAUCCAGAUGCCUCGGUUUGGAAAAGACUUUAAACUAUUUAAAAAAAUUUUUCCUUCCCUGGAAUUAAAUAUAACAGAUUUACUUGAAGACACUCCCAGGCAGUGCCGCAUCUGUGGAGGACUUGCAAUGUAUGAGUGCAGAGAGUGCUAUGAUGACCCGGACAUCUCAGCUGGGAAGAUCAAGCAGUUCUGUAAGACCUGCAGCACUCAGGUUCACCUUCAUCCCAGGAGGUUGAAUCACACUUAUCAUCCAGUAUCACUUCCCAAAGACUUGCCUGACUGGGACUGGAGACAUGGUUGCAUCCCCUGUCAGAAGAUGGAGUUAUUUGCUGUUCUCUGCAUAGAAACGAGCCACUAUGUUGCUUUUGUGAAGUACGGGAAGGAUGACUCUGCCUGGCUCUUCUUUGACAGCAUGGCAGAUCGAGAUGGUGGUCAGAAUGGCUUCAACAUUCCACAAGUGACGCCCUGUCCAGAAGUUGGAGAGUACUUGAAGAUGUCUCUGGAGGACCUGCACUCUUUGGACUCCAGAAGGAUUCAAGGCUGUGCACGCAGACUUCUUUGCGAUGCAUACAUGUGCAUGUACCAGAGUCCAACCAUGAGCUUGUACAAAUAACCAGGUCAUCUGAAGUGGGCAGAGACAGAGGACAAACCUUAGUGCUGUGUCUUCCUCCAGCUUGUGGUUGUGUCUGGCGCCCAUUGCCGGCAAUGGGUGUCUCACGUGAUGAUGGCCUUUCAGCAAAGGAUUCCUGUGUUUCCAAACAAAUUGCUUUUGUGUUCCUGAGUAUUUAAUAAGCAUUUUGCACUCUAGGAAGUAUGUUUGUGUUGAUUUUUUUAAGAAGUCUAAAUGAAUUUAUUAAUAUCUGAAACUUUAAGUUAACUGCAUUGAUAAUACGAUAUUUUUGGAAGCAUAAAAUUUUAAUUGUGAUGUCUAAAACCUCUUUUAGUCCAUUGAGGAUGUAAAUAAAUAUUUCUUCUUAUGGACCAAGGAUAUGAAAUCAUUUUUCUUUUGUAGCUAAUGAUUGCCUUGAGAAAGACAUAAUAUGGUUUUAUUAAGAGUCUACCUUUACUCCAAUUGUUGAAGGUGUGCUGAGUUUAAUUGUUAAUUUUCCUAUAUAGUGCUGAUUUCCUGCAUGUCUGUACUUUGCUGAGUUUCUGUGUUCCUGCAGCAGUGGUCAGAACAUGCUGAAAUUCCUUUCAUGGUGUUAUUUUUUCUCUGUUCUGGUUUUGAGGUAAAUGAGUGGCUCUGUCAUAAAAUGUCCAUUUUUGAUGUGUUCUUGAAGGGCUAGGGUACAAAGCAAGCAUCUCAGUCAUAGUAGCUACUGUUACUGAGCAGGCUUUCUGUAGGGGCACCUAAGAAUGGGACUCAGUGGUUCCUGAAAUGACUGAGCGAUAAGGAAAUUAUAUAUUCUUAUACAGAGCCACAGUCCAGAGAAAGUAAAGCUGGCUCAGAGUUAGUACCAACAUUUCCCUGAAAAAAUGUGUUAGGUAUUUAAAACUCUCAUCUCAAAUAAAUUAUUUUAUUUUUAGUUUAAGUGAAUUUCUCUUAAUUUAAAUAAGACUAAUGCUUUUGUUUGACUGAAGAACCUUGUACUCUCUGAUGUCAGUUUGGUGUCACUUGAAACAAUGACAACCACAUCAGCAUGUUACUGCAAUGCCAGUGAUGGCUUCAAAGGAAAAAAAUGGAUGUCAUCUUAGGACUGCGUGUACUGUAUGUAUAGACUGCGGUGGACUCUGUAGAGUGCUUGUUGUCUGAGUGUUAUUUUGUGGUAUGGCUGUCUCUCUGAAUAAUGUCAACCUUACAAAAGAGAAGGUGUUAUAUGUGUGUAGCAUAUGGCUUUAUAAAAGAUUUAAUGUCAAAAGAGUCUAUAAAUAUUGCUGUUAUUUUUAAAGGCACUUUACUCCUUGGUUUUAUUAUUCCAUUUUGCUGGCGUGUAUUAGCUUUAUAAAUUACAAUGCUCAAGACUCUUCCAUCUUGUAAUCUUUGUACUUUUGUAAAUGGAAAAGUACAUAUACUGUGCACAGACUUUUAUAUAACUGAGUGCCUAGACUGGGUGGUGAAGCUAUGACUAGAUAGCGUGAAGUCCUCCAGCUGUAGGCUGGCCUUGCCUGCAUCAUCCUGGGACAGGUGAGAAUGGUGAGCACAGGGUCUAAGCUUGCAGACUGACCAGAAUUCAGUCACCCUAUAAUAAGUAUGUAUUUAAUGAGUCUGUUAAUGUGACUUUGAGCAAUGAUCAGGACUAUGUAUAUAGGCAAGUCUGGCCUAACAGUGAAGGGGAGGGGGCUGAGGGGAAGCCUUUUUUUUUUUUUUUUUUUUAAUUUGAGAAAUGGAGGCAAAAUCCAUGUGCAAAGAGACUGCUUACUUGGCUUUCAGAGCCGAGGACUCAAAGCUUCUUUGAGGUGGUUCUGAAGUUGGGGUGGUACUUUGUGAGUGAGGAGGGAUAUGAUAUGUCCACAGGCAGUCCUUUAGCAAGAUUGUCUAGAAAUUGCACUUUGUGUUCUUUAGCAGUAGUGGGUGGGUAGGGGCACACAGCGAAGCACCCACUUUCAGUGGCUGGGGAGGCCUGAGGACCACAGGCCAGCAGGAGCUUUCCUCCAUGUCUUCUUGUCCCUCUGGAGAGUCCUUGUCCCAGCAGAGCCUGGUUUGCUCUUGGGGCAAUAGGGUUAGACUAUGUGGUGCAGGUAGCCCCUGUGUCUGUGGAUUAAUUUAAUUUUUUUAAUCUUAGGUUUUCUGUACUGUUUUCCCAUUGCCUUUUAAAAUAUUUUGAUUGUCCUUUUCCUUAUUAAGAUAGUAGUAUAGUAGGAUUGUUUUAUUUACAAUAUGGUUUAGAAUCCAUAGCUACAAAUAGAAAAUAUAAGAAUUCUGUUUCUCUAUUGUGAGGCAAAUCUGUAUAUAUGUAUGGAGAGUCAGAGGGAUGGGCAAAGGGAGAGGGAAGGGGCCCAGGCACAUUUUUAAAUCUAGAAGCUGCAAAGUAUCAAGCUCCUCACUACCAGCUUCAUAGAGAGUCCAGUUCAAUUCACAAAGUAUUUUCUAAGUUAGGAGAAAUGCAUUGAAAACCAGAGUGAGAUAUCUGUAUAGUGCAGCUGUUGGUGGUUGCUAUGCAUCAUCCUCAGAGUAGCUUAGCGUUUUUAUUAUAUGUUUGCCAAGUGCUUAGGUAAAUGGCCAGGCUCCUUUUACCUCUGACUCAUUCUUUUUGCUACAUUCUCUCUUGAGCACAGGGGAGGACAAAGGACUGACUUCUGGAACUUGUCAAUUCUCUGGUUGACUAAAUGUGGCAUUUUCAUAAAAUCUAGGAGCAGCAGCCCUCCUAACUGCAAUCUAGUAAGCAGAUAGAUAAGCUUGCAUCUGUUUGCAUCUUCCUACACUGAGUUGGGAGUGCAAAACCCAGUAUUUGGCCUUGGUGAGUAACUGCCAACAAGUAUUUAUGGGACAUUUAUUAGGUGGCCCGCUCUCAUACAGCUUACUGCUCAGUUUCCAUACCAGAGCAUCUGUUGGUGGCUUCUUAGCCUAGGCGUAGGUGACAGGCAUGUCUUGGGACCACUUUGGGAGACAACUUAGUGUAACCUUAGUGUAAAGGACUAAGGGACAAAAUUCCUGGGUUCCAUCACUUGCUCUGUAGCCAAACAACACCUCGCUUUCCUGAGCUUCAGUGUCUUGCUCUGUCUUAUGGAGGGGUUGAAUGUCUAGUUGGAUAGGGAGAAGCCGUACAAAUUGUCAGGGUUCCAGGCCAUGCCUGAUAAAUCUGAUUUUUUGCUGAAGGUAGGAAAUUUCAACUCAGAAGCUUAUCCACAGAAACCAGCGACCAGCAGCAGGUAUGGAAUCAUAAGGUUAGAAGGCUCCAACGACCUUUUCUUCUGUUACUGUGAACUCAAUGCUGUUACCCAUGGCAGUUAUUCUAUGUAAGUGUGAAGAAGUGGUUACUGAUGCUGUUGUUGUUCUGAGCUGACAUAUGACCUGAUAGAAGUGUGUUUGGUGUGUGUUCCUUCACUCUGUAUUGCUGGAGGGAUUAGCAAUCGUAAGCAUACACGGAAGUGUCAGGCUAUUCAAUGGCAUACACUUAGAUAUUUCAUUUCACUCUAUUUCUAUAGAAACAGGUUCUGGGAGCCAAAGAAGUGAAAAAAAAAUUACUGAGCUCAUUUCUCUCUACUACCUAAUAAUGAAAACAUUUAAAUUCUUGAGAAGAUUUUUCCUCCCCACGCCCUACCCCCAGGAACAGGUCAGAAUAGAAUUUCCUUCUUAGAGAAGGUAGGUCAUGAGGCUUGCGAAAAAUAACAAGGUGACUUUCCUUGGACUUGGUGAUUCCAGCACCAUCCCCAGUUCUUCACCCAUGAAGGAAUUCUGUAGUUCCAUAGUAUAGCCAGGAUGGGUGGAGAAGAGGCUGUUACAGUGGGAACCAAUGAACAAAGAGGCUUGAAGUGUCUCUCCUGGCAGAGGACAGGACUUACAGAAGGCAAGCUCUGGGCAUCCUCUUGUUAAAGGUGUCAGAGGAUGGCUUCCUGUGAGGGGUUUCCCCUUGCUCCUGUGUGAGCAUCUGUCAGUUGUCUUAUUGUGGGGAGGUGGGGGACCUGGGUAGAGAUGUUAGGGGAAAUAGCUCAGUCAUAUUCUAAAUUCUAGAAUUGCUAAAAGGGUUUUCUUUAGUCCAAAUGCAGUGCCAGAGGGUGAGAAGGAGAACUGGCCAGUAGUGAACAGUGGCAUUGUGGGUGAUAAGUCCUUUCUGGUAGCCUUUAAUAGCAGUGCUCGUCCUCCAGCAGGCAGGGUCCUGACCUCCAGCCUGGCAGUGCUCAUGGGUUUGUUUCAGCAUAGUUUGGUUCUCAUUCUCAUUGAGGGGAAAGGGCUGUUGAUGAAGGGAUUAUUCUUCCAGGCACCAGGGCCUCCGCACAGUUCCCUGUGCUUUUAAACACUGUUGACUUUCAUUAGUUAGUUAUUCUAAAGGGAUUUAUACUGGAGACACAAAUCUCUUUGGUUUCAUAUUAUGAAACAGCUUUGUACUGUGGAAUGCUAACUCUGGAAAAUGUCCCUCAUACCAGAAACAUUCAUUUUAAAAAAACCCACUGGUACUCCCCAGGGAGAUGGUUAUUAUCAAGCUGACCCAAAGGAGCACAUUAUGUAUUCUAUUUCCUUUUCUGGUAUCUUGUUCAACAUUUUUUUUUUGCCUGAAGAACAUCAUUUUGUUUAUGAAAACAUGAAUAACAUCACAUAAAACAAUCCCUUGCUAUCAGAAUGCUCCAAUUUAGCCUUAAUUUUGUUAACCUUGGAGAGGAGUAGAGUGCUGCUGUGAAAAGAAAUGUACCAUGUACUAUUUCUGUAUCAUUAAAAUGCAAUUUUUAUGCUU